AUGACCGAGCGGAAGUUCACUCGGGGCCUCAACAAGCCGGGGAUGGCGGCCCAGCUGCGGGAAAACAUCUCUCAAGUCGUACGUGAAUCCACUUCACUUACAAAACCGGUCAUAGUGGAGCCAAUCGAUUUCGAAGCAUUCGUCCUGAAGAACCGCACGCUCAUCCAGAACGAUCCCCAGCGUGAGCUGUUGCUCUACCCGAACGACGAUGUGUCGGAAGUGCUGCAGCCCAAAAAGUUCCGCACCGUGCACAGUAACAUUCCGGGUCAUUGCGUUCCGGCGACACCGGCGACAUCUAGCGGUGGCUCGAUCAACGGAAGCGGCAAAAAGCGCAACAGUGAAAGCAGCGGUGGAAGCGCCGGAAGUUCGGCUGCAGCCAGUCGAAACGGAACUCCGACCAGCACCCGGUCGCUAUCGGUGAGCUCGGUCGGAAGUCCUUUCCCCGGGGUGGGGCUGCUACUGACCCGCCAGGCGCUACACACCUACGAAUCGCCUAACCACUUGAUACACUACAAGUACAGCAAGUACGGCGGAGCAUGCUACGAUCUGCCGCGAGUGUCUCCGUCGGAGGAGCUGAAGGAGGAAGUGUACGAGGUGGACACGGAUCCGGACCGGCUGGACGAGCAGAUGACGCGGUCGCAGGCGGACACCAUCACCAAGCAGGGCUACCUGCUCAAGGGUCCGGACACGAACUCGGACCGUAUGUUCGCCCACAUCGGCUCGAAGUCGUUCAAGAAGCGCUACUGCUAUCUACGCCAGGAAAUCGACGGCACGUACAUCCUCGAGCUGCACAAGGACGAGAAGCAGGUCGAGGCGAAGGCGACGAUCGUGAUGGACUUCUGCACCGAGGUGGUGCCGAACCCGAAAAAGGGCCGCUUCUGCUUCGAGCUCAAGAUGAACGCCGGCCAGCACAAGUCGGUCACGCUGGCGGCGGACGACGAGGCGGAAAUGGACGACUGGCUGCGCAAAAUCUCCUCCGUACUGCACCAGAACAAACUGCAGGAGGACAAACGGGUCGCAUCGCUGGAACGUGCCGCGGCACCACCGCCGGCCAGCCCGAGCACGAUGCAGUUCGGGACGCUGAAGGGGCUGGAGCAGAGCAUGAACCCGCAGCUCAAUCGGUACGCCCGGGAAACGGAUCAGUCGAUUGCUCAGGCCCGACGGGAGCACCGAAAGCGUUUGUUUGGCGGCCAACCGAUGCUUUCGCAGCCGAGCGGUGGCGGAAGUGCCAGUGCCACAACGACGAGUGGCGGCACUGGCACGGCGAAAGCGGAAACACCCGUUGAACCGUACCGGGUGCAGUUCGGACAGCGGAUACUGAUCAAGUGCAAUUCGCUGCGGUUUCGGCUACUCGGACAGAUCGAUGGCGUAAACGGGGCCCCGCCGGCCGACUCCGAUGCACCGCUGUGUCAGAUUGAACCUUACCUUACCAGUGUAGCGCUCUACGAUGCCAGGGCUGGCCGGAAGUUGACCGAAAGCUUCCACUUCGACCUUAACAAAGAGCAUGUGCGCGACCUGCUAACCGGGUCAUGUAAAUCCGAGCGCCCUUUGUGUGCCUCCCCGAAAGCCACCAAUAAAUCGCACCAGAACGGGAACGGCACGAUGAAACCGGUGCGAGCCAAGUGCGACACCAGUGACGACUUGCUCCAUUCCGAGUCCGUCACCAAAGAGUGGCUGGCCCGGGCACGGCAGGCCAUCUUUAACGUGACCGUGCCACACGCGGACAUUUUCAUCGUCGUGCGGAUCGACAAGAUUCUGCAGGGUGCCAUCAAUGCGUCCGUAGAACCGUACCUCAAGGCCACCAAAGAUCCCAAAGUGUUGGGCAAGCUGCAGAAAACGAUCAAACAGUACGCACAAAAGUGUGGCCACUAUCGGAUGCCAUUCGCUUGGGCCGCCCGGCCACUGUUUCAGCUGUACAGCAACGAUCUGGACAUCUCGUACGAGUUUCCCGCCAUCUACCGGCAGGAAGGGGCCAAGCUGAAGGACGAAGAGCUGCUGAAGCUGCUGACUGAGUACCGUAAGCCGGAUAAGUUCAGUAAACUGACUGUGAUACCUGGCUCAUUGAAGAUUUACAUUGAAUCGCUAAACGAACUGCCCAACAAUUGCCUUACGAACAGUUUGGUACCAUUGAAUCCAUUCCCAUCCCCACCGGUUGCCGAUCCCACGCUGGAGGUCGCCGAAUUCGCCAACACCUCCGAGCAGUACCUUCAUCCGUACGUGCAUUUCGUUAACCAUCUGUACAUCUAUCCGUUGCAUCUAAGCUACGACAGCCAGAAAAUAUUCUCUCGCGCCCGUAACAUUGCGGUCAUCGUGGAAUUGCGUGACAGUGACACGACGGAAGCGAAAUCGAUCGAGUGCAUCUACGGUCGUCCGGGACAGGAGAUGCUGGUUUCGCAAAUGUCUUGCCCGGUGCUCCAUCACAACACCAGCCCAACGUGGUACGAGGAGAUCAAGCUGCGGCUUCCGUUGAACAUAACGGCACAGCACCAUCUACUGUUUUCCUUCUUCCACGUGUCGUGUAACAUCGCGAAGAAAAAGGAUCUGACCACUACCAGCACUGAGGCGCCCGUCGGGUACGCCUGGUUGCCACUGCUGACGAAGGGCAAAAUCAACGUCGAAGAACAGUGCCUUCCGGUGGCGGCCACGCUUCCGGCGGGGUAUCUCGCCAUCCAGCCGCUCGGACUUGGCAAAGGCCAGAACGCCGGUCCCGACGUGCAGUGGAUUGACAAUCAGCGCCCGAUCUUUACCGUCAACUUUCGGCUCGAUUCCACCGUGCUGACCACCGAUCAGCAUCUGCACAACCUGUUUCUUCACGCGGAACGACUGUUGGAGCACUCGAAAACGGUCGCCCCACCGGACACGACGGAAACGUGCAAGAUCCUGAAAGCUGCUCAUGCCAUCCACAUCAGCUCGCUGAUCACGUUCCUGCCGACCAUCCUGAACCAACUGUUGUCACUGCUGGUGGCGACCAGCAGCGAAGAAGUGGGUCUCAACAUCAUCCGCCUGCUAGUGAACCUAUUUCACCUGGUGGCCGAGGAGGCAAAGCGCAAAGAACUGCUGGUGGCGUACGUGAAGUAUGUCUAUAAAAUCGACUGCCAACCGGUUAACGGCUGCUCGCCGACGUCCCAGAACGUAAGCACCGUCCACGGGGAACUAUGCCGCCAUCUGCCGACGCUCCUGCAUCCAAACAAUACGGACUUUUUGUUGGUGAACAAGUUUAUGAAAUUUUCCGGCAUCUUCUUCGAGGUGAUCUUGAAGAGUAUGGCCCAGUAUUUGCUGACUACGGGUCGCAUCAAGAUGCAGCGCAACGAACGCUUUCCGAAGGAGUUUUGCAACCGAAUCGAGGCCCUCUUUCAAGUGUUGGUCCCGUACAUCAGCCAACGCCAUAAGGACCUGCCGAUGGAAACGGAUCAGCUCAACCAGAGCCUCUCGGUGUUUGUUAAACGCUGCCUAUCGUUCAUGGACCGCGGUUUUGUGUUCCGCCUGAUUCGACUCUACAUGGACCGCUGGGGUCCGGGAGAUUCGCGCACUCUGCAGGAGUACAAGUUUGCGUUCCUGCGCGAAGUCUGCUCCCACGAACACUACAUUCCGCUCAAUCUGCCGUUCAUGCUGACACCUAACAAUCGCGCCGCUGAUCUACUGCAGCAGUUUUGCCUCUCGGAGGAGUAUUGCCGGCAACACUUUCUGGUUGGCAUUCUGCUGCAGGAGGUGAAAAGCGCGCUGAACGAGGUGAGCCACAUCCGGCGGUUGGGUUUGAUCACCCUGAAGGAGCUGCUGGCAAAGCACGAUCUGGACGAUCGCUAUCAGCACAAAGGACAGCAGGGUCGGCUGGCGAUGCUGUACGUGCCCUGGUUGGGUAUCGUUCUGGAAAAUCUAAAUCGCAUUGCCGACGGGAUGGAAAAGAAAAAGCAUGACUCCGUCGGAACGAACCGUAUCUCCUGCAGCAGUAGCUACGUGUUUGCUCGUGAAUCACUGCCCGCCAUACACUCAGCCUCCGGUACCGCAACCGCCACGGCCUCAACGGUAACGUCCCAAACUAGCACACCAAAGUCUCGCAGCAACCGGGUCACGAUGUUCAUCGAAUACGCCAGCCCAAUCCGGUCCUCGUUGCAUCUGAAAGAUACCAGCUUUUUGGCAGCAAUCGCUGGCCAAACGUCGCUUUCGAAUGGCCACUCAACUAGCUCGCUGAACUCGGAGUGCUCAACGCUCUCCCAAGACGGCACCGUUGUGAUCCGAAACCAGUUCAACGAAUCCAGCGCAAACUCGGCCCGGCCUAGCCACGCCCGAUCGGUGAGCGUCACCCAACCGACCAUCAUCCAGCGGACGGACAAGUUUUCCGUCACCGAAACCAAAGACCUGCUGAUCAGCUUCCUGUUCGUGGUGAAGCACCUGGCGCCGGAGCACAUGAUCGCCUGGUGGCACAAUUGCACCGAAAGCGAAACGGUCCAGUUCUUCACCGUGCUCGAUCUCUGUCUGCUGUACUUCCGGUACGUGGGCAAAAAGAAUGUCCAGCUGGUGGUCGACGGAGCGAAACAUCCGCGCGGUAGCAAAGCGGCCAAAGCGAGUACAUUGCCGGCUCGGGUGUUACCACCGAGCGUCUCGAACGGCACCGGAGGAGAGUCUGGAGUCAGUGGUGUUUUCGACUCGGGCACUCUGAACCACAAUCCGGCCAAUCGGGAAAAUUUAGUCGAAGAAACACAACGGCUGAGGCAGGCACUGUACGAGUCGAACCUUGCCACGGAAAUUGGACUAACCGUGCUCGAUUGUACCGGUCUGUAUUCGCUACAGUUUCGUGACUCCAUGCUGGAGGGCUUGGUACUACCGAAGAUAGCGCGGAUUUACUUGCGGUUCCUGCAGCUGGGUCAAUCCGAAUCUCUGUCGAGGCACGUGUUCGCUGCGUUGCGUGCAUUCAUUAAUAACUUCUCGCAAGCACUCUUCAAAGGGACGGCCAUUCUGUGCGGACAGCUCGUCUACGAGCUGCUCAAGUGUUGCGACAGCAGAUUGGCCAGCUUGCGGCAAGAGGCGUGCGCCGUCCUUUAUCUGCUGAUGCGUAGCAACUAUGAGUUUAGUGGCCGAAAAGGAUUGACGCGCGUGCACCUGCAGGUGAUCAUCUCCGUAUCGCAGAUGAUCGGCAACGUGAUUGGGUUGAACAACGCACGCUUCCAAGAGUCACUGUCGACCAUCAACAACUACGCCAGCAGUGAUAAGGCCAUGAAGAGUACGGGUUUCCCGAUGGAGGUGAAGGAUCUUACGCGUCGAGUUCGCACCGUUCUGAUGGCCACGGCUCAGAUGCAAGCGCAUCACAUGGAACCGGAGCGGUUACUGGAACUGCAACACUCGCUGGCAAACUCGUACGCUUCAACGCCGGAACUGCGCCACACGUGGCUCGUGACGAUGGCACGCAAUCACGAACAGAACGGUAACAUCUCGGAAGCGGCCUGCUGUUACUUACAUAUCGCGGCACUCAUUUCCGAGUACCUGAAGCUAAAGGGCUGCUGUCCGGUGGCUGGUGGAGCCGAAUCGUUUGGACGCAUUUCCCGUAACAUUCCGCGAGACGAGCGAGGGUUGAAGCUGGACAGUGGAACGCAGGACUCACAGUACACCGAGCAGUUGCUGCUGGAUCAGCUGAAGGAGUGUGCGGAGUACUUGGACCGAGCCGAGCGGUUGGAGUGUCUUGGCGAGCUGUACCGACUGAUCAUACCCAUCCUGGAGUCGCGAAGAGACUAUCAUGGGCUGACACAGUGCUACGAACAUCUGACGCAGGCCUACAACCGAGUUAUUGAGUUCCAGAAGUCAGGCAAACGUCUGCUGGGACGAUUCUAUCGUGUGAUUUUCUUUGGACAGGCGUACUUUGAGGAAGAGAAUGGCGUCGAGUAUGUGUACAAGGAGCCGAAGGUAACGUCGUUGAGCGAAAUUUCGGAACGUUUGCACAAACAGUACCGUGACAAGUUCGGGAUCGACAAUGUGAAGAUUAUGAUGGACUCUGCACCGGUUGAUCAAUCGACGCUAGAUCCAAAGAUUGCCUACAUUCAGGUUACGCACGUUACGCCAUACUAUUGCAAGGAUGAGUUGGAAAUCAGGCAGACAGAGUUCGAACAAAAUCAUGACGUGGAUACGUUCAUGUACGAAACACCGUUCACGACAUCGGGAACUGCUCACGGAGCCGUGGAGGAUCAGUGGAAACGACGAACUAUUUUGACGACACUUCACAGCUUUCCGUACGUUUUGAAACGUAUCCCGGUUCGCGAUCGACAAUCACACGAACUGAGCCCGAUCGAGGUCGCCAUCGACGAGAUGCAAACGAAGAUUGCGGAACUGGAAGAGAUCGUGCUGGGACCUAUCGAUCUUAAGAAACUCCAGUUAAGGUUGCAGGGCAGCGUUGCGGUGACGGUAAACGCUGGUCCCCUUGCGUAUGCUUCAGCCUUUCUCGAUCCUGCCAAAACCGGCACCAAGCAUCCAUUCGAUAGGGUGGAAGAGUUAAAGGAAGUUUUUCGUGACUUUAUCAAAAUUUGUUACACGGCCCUGCAGAUCAAUGCCAAUCUGAUUUCGUCCGAUCAGCGUGAGUAUCAUAACGUCCUCAAGGAGAACUACGAGAACCUUUGCUCGGCUCUCAGUGAUCUGCUGGGCGAGAUCGUGUAUCCGCUAGACGAGGGGAACAAUAACGCACACCGCCACAGCUUAGCUCUGUUCAGUGCAAUCAGCGGUGCACCGACCAACUCGAGCACGGCGUAGAAACUGGCACAACUCGCCAGCCGAUAGAAUAAGGAGGAUUUACAAAAUGGCGCACAACAUCCUGCGAGAUGCUACCAAACGAUGGUGCAUUUGAAAGGGAACCAGCAUAACUGCAGUAUAGAGAUAGGGUUAUUUCCAUCAAUUAACAUACACACACAUACACAACGGCUACAAAAAUACGCAAAACAACAAGUGUGCUCACACAAAUAUUUGUGCUCAAACUAUUGUUAGAAACACACAAAACAUUGAAAUCUUUUAAAGCACGCUCCAUCAAUGAAAAGCGUGGCGUGAUUGGCGUGUAACGCUGUGCUAGGCUAAAACCACGCUCCCCAUCUAUUAGAGCAACGUUGUCUUUAAAUCACAAAUUUAAAAUUGAGCUUAAAACUCAAACUCUACAACUAGCAAGUAAUUCAAAGCAACGUUCAUUUAAAAAUACCACACUACUAAUCCCGCCUAGCGGGAAAUGUUAAUUGUUUUUGGGACGAUUCUGGAAUACCUUACAAAAUUAUACCGCAAUCCAAUGGCGAAUGACAAGGUGGUUGAGGCUGAAAGCAGCAGAUCACUUUAAACUUAUCUCCCAAAUUCCGAAGCACGCCUGCACGCCAGCAUAUUGAAACACGAUAGCGUUUGUUUGGGAACGACCUAUAAACUUAACUAAACCAAUGGCAUUCAAAUCUUUAAGGGAAAAUUUUCAAACCAUCGUACACGACGUACCGUUGCAACUACUGCCGAGACGGAUAUUAGUUCACGCGUAACUUGUGCUGUUCCUACUACAAAAGUGAAGCUGUAACACAAAACGUGCUCAUGCAGAAGGGCCAAUGGUACACGCGUGUAACGAUCGGUUGGACUUUUCAAAUUGGAACUUACCUCGCAUAACUUAGUUUCAGUUUUUGUGGUCCUAUUUGUGUAAUUGGAAAACGAAACCAAGCAGUUAAUGAAACGGAACGCUGUUUUCCGAAGUGAAGAAAAACAUCCCCCCUUGAGCCGCUCGCUUCGCUCAACAAGCUCGUGUACAUAGAUUAGGCGUAGUAGAGGCGAAACCGAUCAGGUUUCUGGAAAUAACCAAGUUCAGGGAACGAUAAAUUAGCACCGAGUGUGCGCGUUUACGUGUUAGAUGUCGAAUGAUUCGUACGAAUAAUUCGUACACAAUGUUAAUCAAAGACAGGUGUCUCUUUUACAGAUGAUAUAAUCAUUUCUUCGGGUAUAUUACUUUCUAGUUACUAGUAUUCCUUGUGUAGAUUAUUUUCGUCAACAAUUUCGAUUUCACUAUAGAUUAAACUUUAACUGUUCACGAAACCAUACUUGGAAACAAGUGGCAAGUAAGCAAAUUGACUUCCCAAUGUACGAGGGUUAUCACUAUACUACACUCAAAGCUAUCCCAGUAGCAAAGACUGCAACAAGAAGACGAUGAAAUGACUCAAAAUUUACCUAGCACCUCUUAGACAGGGCACCGUUUUCGAACCUUGGCACGUUUUAGAAGGUACUCGUCUCAACGAUUCUCUCUUUCUCCUAUGACAUUUUCUCAAGUGAACCAAGAUCAAACUGUAAACUUAUUCUCAUUUUUUUUUAAUCUUAGGUAGUUAGAUCAUACUCGUAGGCAGUCUUGGGAACGGUUCUUAAUAAGAGGACCAUUGCACAAGACAAGAGUAAGGCACAACACCAGAAUUCUGUUCGUUUCGAAUCACUCAAUUCUCAAGACCUUCCGUUCUGGCGAACUGCGUUGAUCGAUGGAACAGAAUUUAAUGCAUUAGAUAUUGUAUAAUUUUAGCGAUUAUAUAUUACAAUGUACAUUCAGUAACGUUCGCCGCUCCGUGUAUAGCCGUACUAAACACUGAGAGAUUUUUAUUCGAGCAAACUUAUUUAUGCACGACCCGUGUGUUCGUUAUAUCAUGUGAAUCGGUUCAAAAUAAAAAUUAGGGAAUACAGGGGAAUAAACAGAAGGCAGGGCAAUUUUACUGAAAGGCGCUAGUCACCCGUACGCUUUUGCUACGAACCGUUGGACGUUGCAAUGAUAUGCGCAUACAAACAAGAAUGGAACUUUAUUGUAAAAAUAUUUAAUUACGUACUUUUGCUCCAUUCACCGUUGGUUGGUGUGUA